CCCAGCAGCCACAGGUCCUGCCAGCUUCCUGUUGGCGCUAAAUGCUGCCAGCCAAUUGGAAAGUCGGCUGCUGGUGUGGAUAUUCUCUCAAUGAAUCCGGACGAACACAACUUGAAUUUGGAAUUCUGGACGUUUUUAUUCUGUUUUCUUUGAUCGUCACGUGACUUGGGAGUGUCGGAGUACAUGAUCAUACAUCACGUGACCAGAGUGUUAUUGUUGUUGUAGGCGAGGUCCGUGCUAUAAUUAGAUAGGUUAAAGGUAAAAACGUUUUGUAUUUUCGUACAACAAAAAACAAAAAAAAACAACAAAAAAGAAAACAAAAAAAACUAAACAUUUCCGUGGAUAAAAAGAAUCAAUUAAAAAUCUCAUCCGCCAUUCUGACGUAGCUCCCUGUGUAUUAGCACCUAGUUGUAACGUGGUAAGUGUGAUUGUCGUUAACGUAAGGCGUUGUCCUGGAGACAGAACUUGAUUACUUUCUUUUGGGAUCAAUUACUGCAAGGGAGAAAAAAGGAACAAAGGGAGAUAAUUUUCUUAAAAAAAAACAAAACAAAAAACUCCGUGAUUAGUCGUGAACUGAGUUGAUUUAUAUAGGAGUUCAACAUCCUGACGUGCACUGUACGAGGUGGUGUGUCGUGAGGAGUGUCUGUGUCUCGAGGUGCAGCGACACACGUGUAAGGUGGAUUGUGUUCUAGUGGCGCAGCAAGGGUCGCAGACAAGCCAUGAUGAGCUGGGCUGAGCUCUCCGGCUAGGAUAUGUCACUUCCUAUCGAGGCGGUAGCGUUUCUUGGAGCUGUGCUAGUUUUCGUCCUACUGCUCGUCAUCUUCUUCCUCUACCUCAACAAGUCCCUCUGUUUCUCCAACUGUGGCGGCUUUCCCUGCAUCGACAAGGUACCACAGAAGGACAAUUUUCUAGGUGCAGCCUACCAGUAUGACGAAGACAGUUCCAGUGACAGUGAGGACGAGGUGUUGAAGCACUACCAGUCCACGGCGGUGAGAGCCAACAGUGUCAGGAGCCUGAAGGGCAGCACGAGAAGCUCACGUGCACACAGGAGUGAGCAGCUGGAGGAGGCGCACAAGUCUUCUAAAGGCAGUCUCGACACUUUGGAUGCAGCAUCAAAGGCCGAGUUCGGGGAGGCGGGCAGCCGGACCUCCGGCCACGUGGAGCCGGAGGACGAUCAUGUGACCCCUCCACCGGAAACCUCACUGAUCCAGCUGGAGGACGGGGCCGGCAAGGAGGAGGUGACCACGUUCGACAACCAGGCCUUCAUGGCAGACGGUGGGGACAGCGUGACGCCCAGCGAGCGAUUGACCAGCGAUGAACAUUUAUUUGACGUCAGCGACCUCCAACACGAGCCCGCCCUCAUCUCCAAGUGCGGCAGUCUCGAGGUCUCCUUCCUGUACGACAACGCGCACAGCCGGAUGGUCGUCAAGAUCCACCAGGCCCGGGAGAUUCCAGCGAAAGACAGGGGCGGCGCCAACAGCACUCAGGUUCGAAUCAUGCUGUUGCCCAGCAAGAGACAGCGACACAAGACUAAGGUGAAAGAGGGAGAGAACCCGGUGUUUGAUGAGAAAAUUUACUUCAAUAAAAUUUUACCAGACGAGAUCACCGGCAUGGGGCUCAGGUUCCGUCUGUACGGGGUGGAGAGGAUGCGGAGAGAACGGAUGAUCGGGGAGAGCAUCAUCGGGUUCGCCUCUCUCAACCUGGAGCAGGAGACGACGCACUGGGUGGUGCUAGAGCCGCGGAGUAACCUCAGUCACGGAGACUCUGGGUUCGACGUGUCCAGUCUCUCGCGGAGUGACAGCGGCUCGUCCAACCAGUCUCUGCAACACGGCGGCAUGCCGGAGCUGCUCAUUGCCCUGGCCUACAACGGCACCACGGGGCGGCUCUCCAUCGAGGUCAUCAAGGGAAGCAACUUUAGAAACAUGGCGAUGAACAGAGCGCCAGACACGUACGUGAAGCUGAGCCUGAUGAACUCGGCUGGUCAAGAGGUCCAGCGCUGCAAGACGUCCAUCCGGCGAGGUCAGCCCAACCCGCUGUUCAAGGAGACGUUCAUGCUGCAGGUGGCGCUGUUUCAACUGCCCGAGGUCACGCUCAUGGUGUCCGUCUACAACAAGAAGAGCAUGAAGAAGAAGGAGAUGAUUGGAUGGUUUUCAUUAGGAAUGAACAGCAGCGGGGAGGAAGAGAGUGCGCAUUGGCUGGAUAUGAGAGAGAGUAAAGGGGAGCAAGUAUGUCGAUGGCACGUUUUGCUAGAGUCGUAGCCCUUAGCUGCCUUGGAUUACCUCAACUGCUACAAGUUGCAUUACGUUUUCGUAUAA